CAUCGCUUCAGUCUCCUUCAAUUGCGCCUCCGAUUUCGAUUCAAAUUCUGUCCUAUUUGCUUUUUCGUCUCCAAUCUGCUCCAUGGAGUCCUUGAGGAAUUCAUUUUCAUUGACCUCCACCGAUGGUGGCGCCGUCAGUGCAGGAUCUCCACACCGCGUCGCAGGCGAAGUCCAUGUGAUCAUCGGUCCUAUGUUUGCCGGAAAAACCACCGCUCUACUCCGUCGGAUCAAAGCUGAGAGCAGCAGUGGCAGGAAUGUGGUGAUGAUCAAGUCAAGCAAGGACACAAGGUACGCUAUUGAUUCGGUAGUAACACAUGAUGGGGCCAAAUUUCCAUGCUGGGCACUGCCAGAUCUUUCGUCUUUCCGACAGAAAUUUGGAGAAGAUGCUUAUAACAAGCUGGAUGUGAUUGGUGUUGAUGAAGCUCAAUUUUUCGAUGAUCUCUAUGAUUUUUGCUGCGAUGUUGCUGAUAAAGAUGGCAAAAUCAUUAUCGUUGCUGGCUUAGAUGGAGAUUACCUCAGGUCCCACUCAGAUCUCUCUCUGUCUUUCUCUGUAUAUAUGACAAUUCUGCAUUCACAUAAUUUCUUGCAUCUGAGCUGUUGGGUAACUUGA